CUUUUGCACCGCCUGCCGCGCGCCGGCCCCCUCCCCUCCCUUCCCUUCAUUGGGACUGCUUGGCGCGCGGGCUGCUAGAGCUGGGCUGCUGGCUUCUUCUGCACCCGCUCCAGCCCCAGAAGUAAAAGAAAACAGCUACGAGUGAAGGAAUACCAGCUGCAGAUCUAUGAUGGCAGUGUUGUCCGAUUCCUAUCAGUGACGGCCAGACACAAAGAUAGACGCCCCAGUCACUACUUCCUAAACGUUUAUUGCACUGUUAAGGUCACAGAGAGACUUCACUGUUGCCCAGCAAUAAACUUUUGCACUAGCAAGGAGGGGAUUCUAGAUGUUCCGUGGCCGUAGGGACUGGAUUUGUGCGCGGGACCUGAUUCUGAUCUGUAUAAGGAACGGUAUUCGUAUCAGCAGCAGCUCCUUGGUGUUCUAAGUCAAAGCAUUUCCUUGUUGUGGAUGUUAACUCACGGCAAUGGGAGACUGUGCGUUUUUCGAGAAAUGCAUUUCCACUGCAGGUGAUUUUAAAUGGAACAGUAUGUCUGGUCGAAGUGUUCAGCUGAAGUCAGUGCCUAUUCAAAGCCUUUCUGAGCUGGAGAGAGUGAGGCUUCAAGAAGUAGCAUUUAAUCGUCUUCAGCACGAUUUUGAUUUAGGCUGCCAGAUCACCAUUCCUAGAGAUGGACAGAAGAGGAAGAAAUCUUUGAGAAGAAAACUGGACUCAUUAGGAAAAGAGAAAAAUAAAGACAAAGAGUUUCAACCUCAGGCUUUUGGUAUGCCCUUAUCCCAGGUGAUUGCCAAUGACAGAGCCCACAAGCAAAAGCAGGACUCUCAAAGAGAGGAAGAAAAAGAUGGUGCCGAUUUUGUUGCUUCACUUUUGCAGUUUAGCAAUAAACGACAGAACAAAGAACUCUCGAGCAGUAACUCAUCUCUGAGCUCCACCCCAGAAACACCGAAUGAAUGCACUUCGCCAAACACACCUGAACCUGCUCCACGUGCAAGGAGGCGGGGUGGAAUGUCUGUGGAUUCGAUUACAGACCUGGAUGACAACCAGUCUCGACUCCUAGAAGCCUUACAGCUCUCUCUGCCUGCUGAAGCACAGAGCAAAAAGGAAAAAGAGAGAGAUAAGAAGCUAAGUCUCAAUCCAAUUUAUCGUCAGGUUCCUAGACUAGUAGACAGCUGCUGUCACCAUUUAGAAAAAUAUGGCCUUCAGACAGUAGGAAUAUUCAGAGUAGGAAGCUCAAAGAAGAGAGUAAGACAGUUACGGGAAGAAUUUGACAGAGGAGUAGAUGUCGUUUUAGAUGAAGAACACAGUGUCCAUGAUGUAGCCGCCUUGUUAAAAGAAUUUUUGCGAGAUAUGCCCGAUCCUCUUCUUACCAGAGAGCUUUAUACUGCCUUUAUCAACACAAUGUUAUUAGAACCAGAAGAACAGCUCAUUGUUUUACAGCUUCUCGUUUACUUGUUACCUCCCUGCAACUGUGACACACUCAAUCGACUCCUGCAAUUCCUCUCCACAGUGGCAAAACAUGCAGAUGAUACCAUGGACAAGGAUGGGCAGGAGAUUACUGGCAAUAAAAUGACAUCCCUCAACCUAGCAACAAUCUUUGGACCUAAUCUAUUGCAUAAACAGAAAAGCACAGACAAGGAGUUCAUGGUUCAAAGCUCUGCCCGUGCUGAAGAGAGCACCUCUAUCAUUGCUGUAGUGAAGAUGAUGAUUGAACAGUGUGAAGCAACAUUCAUGGUCCCACCUGACCUACAGAAUGAGGUGCUGAUGAGCCUUUUGGAAACUGACCCAGAUGUGGUAGACUAUCUACUACGAAGGAAAGCAUCACAGUCUUCAAGUCCUGAAAUGGACAGGACAGAAGACUCAUACUCGUUUGGAUGCAGGCAUUCUUCUAUUGAUUCCAAUAAGGCAUCAAGUGGUGAAGUUUCCCCAUAUGACAAUAAUUCCCCAGUGUUGUCAGAGCGACUUCAAAGAUCAGAGGACUCAUGUGCAAGUUCUGAGAAGCUCUUCAGGGUUCCUGAACAAUAUGCUCUGGUUGGACAUUUAAAAGCAAAGUCAAGGGAUGCCUUACCAGCUCAUUUGUGUAGAAAAGAUAGCUCAGAAGAACAGCUAAAUAUCUGGGGAACAUGGCAUUCAACACUGAAAACAGGAGCCAGAGACGAAGGGACUGCAGGAUCGUGUGGUAACCUUUAUGAAAACAGCUCCUUAAGACAAGCUCAGUGUUACCUUUCACAAGGAAAUUUGAAUUCAGAUUGGUCAGGAUCCACACAUCCCUCCAGACUAUCUCCAGACAAUGGUAAGCUGCCUGUGCGAAGAGCUUUCACAACAGCUGGAAUUCAAGAGAUCAAAUGUCAUGCACCAGUUACACGAAUUAGCAGCAGCCCUCAUAUAGAAGCAAGUAAGAGGAGCAGCCAUUUAGGCAUAGAAUCUGCAUACUCAAGACCUGAACUUCAUUUCACUUCAAGCACAGAGCAUAUACCUCAGAAGAAUUCUGAAGUGCCCUGCUUUCAAAAUAGAUCAACUAUUAAGUACUCUCUGCAAGGAGAAACCAACAGAAAUGAGAGCAGACUUCCUCCCCCUUAUCCUGGUCCUCCUGACAAAACUUUGGUUCAGCAUCAAAAAACACCAUCUUCAGCAACACAACAGACAGUGAACAGAUUUCAGAGAUUUGAAAAAAAUACAGGUACCUCUGAGGUUGUAGGUCACAAACCCACAUCUCAAAACCAGUCCAGACUUAUACCUGAGAAUCUGCCAGAUUCGUCUCAAAAAGAAGAAACUGUUUUAGGUUCUCUUCAGAAUGACAGUCAAACUGCUAAAAAUUUACCAGUGGAAGAGUGGCAAGAGUGGCAAAGAGAGCGGUGGCAAAUCUGGGAGCUCUUAUCAGCUGACAAUAAUGAUUCUCUGCCAGAAACUCUUGUAUGACUAUAUAUACAACACAUCCAAAUAAACUCAUAUGUUUUCAAUGUAAAAACAAAACAAAAUUAACUAUUGCAUGGGAAUAUUUCCCAGCUUCCAUUACAAAUGUAUGUUUUUUUUUUUUUUCAUUUGUUUUACAAAUUAAUACAUUUCACAAAUGCUGUUAUGUUACUUUUACAUAUUUAAAACUAUUAUGGUAUGACCUUACCUUUUAUAUUUCAGUCAGAAAGCACAUAACAUAAACUGUAUUCAUUCAAUCCCGUUGUUAUCUUUGAUUUCAAUUCAGUCGUAUUUAUAUGAAGGCAUUUUGAAGUGCGUUCUGUAAUGAAAAUCCUUAAGUACUUAUAUGCAGAACAGCAGUCUAUUAUAACUGCUUCUUGAAACCUGCACUUAAGGUUUAUUGCCAUUUGAUAUAGAAACAAUCUAAAGUAUAAGAGCACAAGCUGGAUUCUGUGCUGUAAAUGAAUGUAUUGAUGCAAAAGCGAAAGCAUUGUUUGCCCUGCCUAAAUAGCCAACUUUAGCAUCUUAUAAAUUACGAAAAGCCAUAUUUUUUUAUUUGUAGUGAAGUAGAAUAUAUUUAGAUAAGUGCAUGUGUACUUAAAGGUAGAAGCAACAUUUAAUAACCCUAAAUUGUAAUUUCAGUAAGACGCCUGGGUAUUUUUCUAAAUACUGGUAUGCAGUGCAGCUUUUCAGAUAGCUCGAAGCUUAUGAAAAUUAUUAGGAGUUUAAAAUCACAAUGAAGUUGUGUGUCACAACACACAAGAAGAACAUCUUGUUUGAGUUCUUUACCAUAUAGUAAUGCAGAGCAGGUUUUUCCUUUGUAUGCUGUAUGAAUUCAAGUGCCUUUGUAAAGUGUUGAACUGGAAUGGAAUUAUCUUAAAAAUCACAAAAUAUACCCAGAAUGUAUCUAGAAAGUUUUAUUUUCCUCCCACUUGGCAAACAACUUAAAACUAUAAUUUGUUUAUUUUAUAAGUCGGCAACUUUUACUACAAAAAUGACUUUUUAUACAGCAUGUUUUAUGUUACUGCAGUUUCUUUCUGCAAAUACAAAUCUGUAUGUGCAUUGUGCCAAAUAAGUGCAAUUAAUGGACAGUAGCACAGUGGAGUUAUUUCCUUUAAUUGUCAUAUUACUGUAGUUAACGGUCACUUAUUUCAGCAUCAAAAGGCUGUUCCUUAACUGGCAAAGAAGUGUAUAAAGUGAAAGGGAUUUUUUAUUAAACAUGUAAGUCUUAAACCAUCAGUAACAUGCAGUAAACGCAAGUAUCAUAUUGUGCCAUACUGAGGAAAUAAAAAAAAAAAUGAAGCA